AAGAUCUUACAAAAUAAUGAAUUACAAUAACACAAACCUAAAAGUAACAAGCAAAUUCAGAAAAUCAUAUUUAAACUUUAUAAUUACUAAAAGAAAAAUACUUAUACAAAAAGAGCCAUGUCACAUAAAAUAAACGGUUCCAAAUGAAAUAAUACAAAACUACGAGUACCAUUUCACAAUAAAACAGAAUCCCGAGGGCACAUAAAAAAAAAUUAUUUUCUCGGACAAAAUGCUAUUUAAAUAGGGGGGGUGGCACCCCCAUAAUAUAAUAUUUCGCAGUAAAAAACUUUUAGAGCAACGCUAUAUUUCCUCUGUAAAACUCUCUCUCUCUACGGCCCCGCGUUUGGCUGUCUUUUGUGUACUAAUAAUCUAGCUGCCUUUCUCUCUCUCUCUCUCUCUUCUUUCUCUCUCUAAAACAACAUAUUAAUAAAAAAAGAAUAAUGUAUGCGCAAGGUAAUGUCAGUAAAAAACUUUUGCUAACGAUAGCGAAGGAAAUAGAAGAAACAAGAAGAACAAGUACUGUAAUGAAAACCAACGACGAAGAAAAACUCAAAGGAAAAUUACAUGAGACCCAGUACUGUACUUCUGAUUCUGAUUCUGAUUUUUGUCCUGAAGACCCCACAACUUCUUCAUCCCAGGAAAGGAACAAGAGAAAGAGGAAGGAGAGGACUAAAAUGCAAUUUGAAAGCACAAGCAUGGGUGUUUCUGCAAAGUCUGAAAGACUCAAAUCUGACAAAGAAGUGUGCUCGGAUAACUCCAAGAAACCACAAAGUGAGCGUAAACGAACUCGUGAUUGUGACAUAUACGAGGACGAAGAAGCUAAGCGCUCCGUCAUGCAACGAGCAGCUGAAUUGCUAGCUCGUUUGGCAAAGGAGUAUAACCUUCCCUCCUUCGUUAAGUGUAUGCUCCCAUCAAAUGUUUCCCAAGGGUUUUGGCUGCAUCUACCGAAGAAAUUCUGCACGGUUAAUCUGCCGAAUGAAGAUACGCCGGUUGUACUUGUGGAUGAAUUAGGGAGGGAGCACACAACGUCGUAUCUCUUGGGGAGGAAUGGAUUGAGUGCCGGAUGGAGGGCUUUCUCUAUGAAACACAAAUUACUUAAAGGAGAUUUACUCAUUUUCCUUUUGACCGAGCCUUGCAAAUUUAAGGUGCACAUUGUGAGAGUAAAUGACAUAGAAGUCUUAUUUGCUGCACUUUGCCUCAUGGAUUUGCGUUUUUCUUGUGAAGGGAAUGAUUCCGAUUCGGAGAAGAAAGAUAAGCGGAAGCGAAGGAGAAGAAAUUACGUGGACCCUGCUCUGUUCGAAAUGCUUAUGCCUUCGGAGAAGGUCGAAGAAAGAGACGUACCAAAGUCUUCGAGUAGUAAUAGUGAUGGUUUUAGCUCCGAAGUGAUUGAAGGCUCCGAAAGUACGGACUAACGAGCUGAAAAACAGAGGAACACAUUCUUGUGGGGUGUUUCGUGUAUGUAGGAGAAAAUGUGAAGAGCUUCUUUUCUUUCGCGGGGUAAUGAAAUUACAAUUAGCACAACCGCUGAUCCCGACGGUUGUCUGAAUGUGAAUUCCUCUGCCCUGGACCAAGCAAAAGGGAUUCAAGCGAAUUCGUUUGAACAGUUCCCUAGUUUUUUGAAACAGUUGCUUAAAUCGCAUCUGUCUGGAAAAUUUUAUUUGGGUUUACCAAAGAAAUUUUGUGAUGCACAUUUGCCAAACCAUGAUGGAAGUAUUAUAUUGGUUGACGAAAACGAUCAAGAAUACAAUACAAAGUACUCUGUUCGAAAAAAUAGACUGAGUGGUGGUUGGAGGGGUUUCUCCAUUGAACACAAAUUGCUAGAGGGCGACGCGUUUAGUAUUCCAUCUGAUCGAGCCUUGCAAGUUUAGGGUAUACAUUGUGAGAGCAGGCAAAAUAACAGAAAACGAAGGGGCAAUCGGCCUUCAGACUUAUGAUUUUCAGAACAUUAAGCCAAUUAGUGCCGUGUAAAAAUGUUUGACCAGUGAAAAUGGAAGACCAAAUGGAAGAAAAUGCAUGUACUGGGAAAACAGCAAGGCAGGUGUACCUAAACUCUCUUGAAGUAGUAGAUAGCCAUCACGAAGCAAAAAAGGCAAGAUUAACACCCGACAGUGAAAUUCACAUGCAUCACUCAGUCACUCUGCCAAUAGCAUCGAUCAGUUUAAAGAUAUAAGUGGUUUUGAGGAUUUCAAGAUCCAAUUGGGUGGCCUAAUUCUCGACUCGGAGAUGCCUAAAAAUAUCAUAGCAAAAUAUUACAACCUCUGCUGCAGUCAAAGAAUGUUUCUGCACGACCACCUUAUAAAUGGUCUCAGCACCAAGUUAGCCGUUGUAAUGAUUUCCGAAACUACCAAUAUAUCCGAGGCUGUGAGAUCUGCUGACGUGUCGACUUCUCUUCAUCAUUUGGAAUGCUGGGAGAAGACUUUGAAAGCUUUCGAGGAUUUAGGAAUGGCCGUUGGAUUUAUACGCAAUAGGCUGCAUAAAUUACUGGAAAUUUUGCGCGAAGCACAAUCGAAUAACGAGUCGAAGAUGACAAUGAGAGCGCAAGCUGAUCACGUGAGCGGUAAUCUUGAGACUACUUUGAAUGUCGAAGCACUUAUAGGAAGUCUAGAGGCCGAAAUCGAGACUCUCAGAUGGAAAAACGAGAAGUUCGAGUUUGAAUUCCGUGAGCUUGCUCGAGCUCCAUGGUAGAAAAGAAUGUUACAUUAUGCAAAAGCGGAUACAGAUAACCUUGAUUUACGAGCAUAACUCGUGUUUUUUUAGUGGUGGUUUAUUAUUAUUAUUAUUAUUAUUACUUUUUUGGGUAGAAGUUUAUUUAAAACAGCUAAUGUACAGAAGAACUGUAGAGUAAUUUUUUAUUUAUUUUUAGGGUCUUUCUAGGGUGAGACCAUAUGUGUUCUAAAUUUAUAUGAGAUAUGCAUUAAUCA